UCAAACAUACCAGACCUGGCAUAACAAUAGUAAAACUCUCUGGAUUUACUGUACUAUAUAGAUAAAAGUUCUAUAUAAAUAUUUUUUCUGUUCUUUUACAAAAUACCAACUGCGUGUAUUUUAUUCGUCGUUUACAGAUCAAUUAGCAAGAAAACUUGGAAUUUGAAUAACAAUAUUUAUAUAUGUAACCGGCUGUGAAAGCACACAAUGGAUUUGUCAGAUGUUCAAGGAAAACUUUCUCCACAGAAAGUUAUACUGGAUACUAGCAUAGAAACAGUGACAGGAGAACCGGUUCCUGCUGGUACAGAAAUCUGUGUUUUACUAUGUGAACAACUAGUAGUUUGUGUUGGUGAUGGAGAUUAUUUAAAUGUCAAUGUUGGGUGCAGUACGAAAAUUACCGACAGAUUCGAAAAAAUAUAUUUGAACCUUGGAAAUCAGGAAUUCUUUGCUGACAUUCAUUGCAAUGGGGAAACAUUUAAAACUUUUGACGAGUUGUGCCGUAAACGUCCUCGCUUUUUUUCCUGCAAUGAUGAUUUUUUUGCAAUAGACGAAAAUGACUGUAUGGUCAGCGUGAAGAGUGGAGAGAAACUCGAAUUCAAGACGAUACAGGCUAACACAAAUGUCAGGAAAACAACGAAAACAUCAAGCAUUGUGCUUUGUAACCGUAAUAACAUUAAAAUUCAGAUACUUUCUCCAAAUGAAUAUACCUUCAAGGGCCUUGAAGACCCUAAUCAUUACACACCACACGAGUUGUUAGAAAACUUUCCUCUACCACGGCAAGUCAAAAUGAUUGACAAAAGUCUUUACAGAUUAGGAUUACCGUACAUAUGUUCUAAUGAACUCAAUUUGCAGUCAAUUACAACAAACUGUUUUCUAUUGUUUACAUCCGAACUCAAAACUAGCCCUCCGUUAUCAGAAUUUGAACUGCGACACCAAGUUAAGUGUUGUGAAUUAGUCGACCCGACAGCAGUGAAACUCAGAAGACAUAUAGACAAUAGUCAGAGUGGCGAGACGUUUUCUACAAUAUUUUUAUUUGAACAAAUUCAAGAUGGCCAAUUGGUAUUUUCUGUGAUUGGUAGACAAUGCUUCACCCCAAUACCCAGAUUAAAUGCGGACCGGCAGCAUUGGAAAGACAAUGACUCAGGAUUUGCAGAUGCUGAUUUUGAAUCCUGUACGUCAACGCUUACGGUUGAAAAAAGAACAUACAGUAACAAUCAACAUAUUUCACAUGGUAAUAAAACACUGCCAAGGCAAAAUGAACGGAGGCCAUUGCGUAGAUUAUCAACUCAAGAGGAGUACCUUAAUUCCAUCGAUGAUGGCGAUACCACAUCCGACCACACUUCGGGAGAAUAUGUAGGUAUUAGCGUAGACAGAGAAGAAAAACCACCAUUACCAGAACGGACAUACCUUGAUCCUCCUAUUUCACAAAAAGAUAAUCAGAUUAAAUAUAAUUCUUAUACAGCAAGUACAGAGCAAGUCAAUGCUGGUGAAAGAGCAUAUGAAAAUCCGGAAACCAACAAUAAAGAACCUGAAAAAAGAUCAGAGAUACCAAGUAUUAGUCAGCCAGAGAGUGAUCUUAGAUUCAUUACCAUGAUUCAGCUUGGAAAUCUUCUUAAAAAGUUUAAGCUUGAUAAAUUUGCUGAAAAAUGCUUUGAGGAACAAAUUGAUGGCAAUUUUUUUAUGGACCUGACUGAUGAAAUUCUGAAAGAAGAACCGUUUAGUUUAAAUCGAUUUGAAAUUUUGAAAGUAACAAAAUUACAGAUUGGAUGGAAUCCGAAAUAGGUACAAUGAAAUUUUCAGUAUAUCUUCCUGACCGAUGUUGUGUGAAAAAAAAGGUGUUAUGAAUGUUUUCUCAUAGGUACCGUGUCAGUAAACAACACAUUCAUUAUUCAAUAUUUUUGUGAUCUCUACUUUCACCAUAAACAUUUGUACUUCUAUCUACAGAAUAUUCAAUUUUAUUAUUUUCAGAAAGUAACAAAGUCACCUAUAUCAUGUUGUGAUAGUCAUAUAUAGAACCCUAAGCGCUAGUUGCAUGCAGAAUUUCCAUAAAAAUUAUGAGACCGUACUUUAACCUGACAAUUUAUCAAAAAUACCAGGUUUAUAAUUGUGUACGCCAGACAAGAGUUCGUAUACAAUAGACCCAUCAGUGGCUCUCAAAUCAAAACAGUUGAAAGGCCAAAUUAAAUACGAAGUUGAAGAGCUAGUUGUAGCUGAAUGCUGUAUUUUUUUAAAAACGAUAACAGACUUUUACAGCUUUAAAAAAAUAAUUUCAUCAGAUGGUUUUUGAUAAUUCUCUAGCCUAUCUUUUCAGCUUAUGUCUCUACCGAUGUUUGCUAAUCUUGUGCGUAUGGAACACUUAAUGCAGGAAACAUACUAAUAUACCUGCACGAACGAAUUAUCAUGAUGGCGAUUGGGGCAUGGACCCGGUCCUUUUUUUAUUUUCUUUGUAUUAGAUACUAUCAAUGAAAAAAAUUGUUAUUUCAGCUUAUUUCCUUCAUUGAAUGAAAUCUUGCUAUAUCAUUUUUUCCAAUAGUAGUCGGUGGCACAUAUCAGUUGCUCACAAAGUAAAAUGUGAAAUAAAGAUGUAGGAGAGUGAUUUUUUUUAUGUUUUAUAAAUCAAGUAUUUUGUACAUUGGAAUCAUUGAUUUAUAAUAAAAAUGUACUUAUCAAAUUCAUAUUGGAAAUUUAGUUUAAUUAUUUCACUCUUGCACAGUCUUUUUACAAUGAGCAAACCUAUUGCAUUACAGUAGCUAUAAACGGCAUGAAAAAUGUGAAACAAUUUACAAAGAGAAAACCAAAAUAUGGCAGACAGAAUCCAACGACAACCACUGAAUUAUGACUCCUGACUUGAGACAGGCACAUGAGGAAGCGGUAUUAACAAUUAUGCGAGCGAUCAACCCUCCCCUUAACAUGGGACAGUUGUGUAACAGCACAACGUGAGGUAAUUUGGGAAGGGUUUGCCUCAAAAGAUAUUCCAUGUAAAAUGUGAUUCAUCAGUGGAAGCCUACCUGUGAUUUUUUUUAUAUAGUAUUUAUGAUAUAAAAGUGUGUUUUAA